GCGGCUCAAAGCGGUCAGGCUUGGGGGGGGGGCGCCGCGAACGGCGGAGGCAGCCAGGGGGCAUCGCUUCUUAGAGGAUGUCCCAGUGCGCCUGGGCCCCGCGGCGGGGGCCGGCCCACCCCGCCGAGCCCGCGGCCGCGGCGCCCGCGCCCAGCGGCCUGGCGGCGCCCGCGGAACCUGCCGCGGGCAGCACGCGGUCGACGCCCGGCGGCGGCAGCGCCGUGGAGAGCCGCGCCGCGGAGCUCCUUGCCAUCCUGAGCGAGAUCGCCGAGGCGAGCAGGUCCACCAAGGAGGCCCAGCGGCAGUCCGCCAAGGAGCUGCAGGAGGAGCGGCGGAGGCUGGCGGUGAGGGAGGCGGCCGUGCGCUUGAAGCGCAGCGAGGCGCAGGAGGAGCUCGUGCAGCGCGUCCACGCGGAGUCCGAGAAGAGACGGAUCGCCGCCUCGGAGGCCGAGGCGCUCUGCCGGCAGCUCCGCGAGGAGAAGCGGCGGAGCCAGGCGGGGCUGCAGGCGGCGGAAGAGGUGCGCCAGGGCCUGGAGAGGAGAUUGCAACAGCAGGCGGAGCAGCACGAGCGCGACCUCCGGCGCGCGGAGAGCCGCGACCGCUGCCAGGAGGCGACCAUCCGCUCGCUCCAGCACGAGCUGGCGCGGGCACGGGCCGGCGCAGGCCUCGGCGCCGACGGCGCGGCCUCGGAGCAGGCCCUGGAGCGCGAGCCCCGCGGGUGGACGUCGGAACCGCCCAUGGCCGAGAGCCCGCCAGACCCGAGCCCUCCCGCGAGACGGGCCCUCUUCACGUCCUUCGCGCUCAUGAAUGGUGGCGGCGGGGAGCCGGGCCUGCCCAGCACGACGCCGGAGGUUGGCGAAGUGGCCAAGUGGCUUUUCGACGCCUCGCUGGAGGCCGCGCCUGCGCAGCCGAGCCCGCUGAGCCGUGGCGCGCCCGCGGCGACGCCCGACUCGGAGCUCGGGCCGGCGGCGCUGUUCCUGCGCGGCCUGGCGAGCCCCGAGUCGGACCCCACCGAGGCUGCCCGCCCGAGCCCCACGUCACGCCCCGCGACGGCGCCGACGCCGUCGCCCGCCGCGACGGCCUCGCCCGCCGCCACGGCGUCGCCCGCCGCCACGGCCUCGCCCGCGGAGGGCGGCGGCACGCCCCCGGGCCCAGCGGCCGCGGCCGACGGCGCGGGCGCGGAGGCAAAGCCGCACGCGCUGGGAGACGAGACCCCGCCGCGGGGGCACGUCUUGCGCAAGGUCAGCCUGUUCGAGCAGCGGGGCGCCGCGCCGGCGCAGCGGUCCAAGACGCCGCCGCCGCCGCUGGAGCACCCCAAGCCGCUGCCGCCGCCCGCACUGCGGAGCGGCCCUGGCGGGGCGGUCGUGGCGACCCCGCUCGGCCGCGGCGGCGCGCGGAGGCCCGGACUUCCCAGGGUCAUGAGAAACCUGAUCCCAGGGAACGCGUCGGGACGUCCGGGGGGCCACAUCGUUGAAAAAACAGGA